UAUAAAAAUUACAGCUACAAACAAAACCAACGAAUUGUGACCAAUGCCAUCAAAAUAUAUGUACUACUUACAGAUAUUAAAGCGAAAUUUAAUUGUCUGAUAUUUAUAGCGUUUAAUUAAAAAUCACGUUUUAGAUUAGAGCUAUACCCGGUACAGGUGAGCAAAGAACUAACGUACGUCACAGAUCAUUAUGAUCAUGGCAUAUGAAUUAUUGUAAUUGUUAUUACACAAUCAAAACCAAUUUAAAUGCGCAAUUAAGAUGGUAUCGUCAAUCCAUGAACAUACAGGUACCAAUUAUUCGAUGGGUGGGAUGGACAUGGAACUUAAUAACUUAGGCAUAUUUUGAUAAUGAGCUCAAUCCGAAUAUGAAUGUAUAAAAGGAUUGUUUUAGGCCAAUAUUUGAAGUUUUUUGUCAUCUCCAACAAAAUGUUUAUUCGUUUCUUAUUAUGCUUUGGUUUGAUGCAGUUUUAUGGGAUCCAGGCUAGAACUUUCGAUGAGAUAAAAUCAAUGUUCAUGAAAAAAGGCCUUGACUGCAUCCAAGAGCACCCAAUAGCUACAAGCGACAUGUUAUUGUUCCAACAACAUAAGAUCCCUGAAACUACGGACUCAAAGUGCUGGAUAGCAUGCGUGUUUAAAAAAACUAAUUUGAUUGACAGCAAAGGAAUGUACGAUGUAACGACUACAUUAUCAAUGUUCGAGAAUGACCACGAAGACGACCCAGCGAAGCAGGAAAGCUCUAAAAAGUUAUUGGAAAAAUGCAAGAUGGUGAACGAUGAAACAGUGGACGAUGGCGAGGAAGGCUGUGACAGAUCUGUGCUGUUAUACAAAUGUUUCAUUGAACAUGCACCAAAGGUAAAUAUUAUAUAUUAUGUGCUUGUACAAUAACGAUGACACUUGCAGUUUCCUACGCUGAUAAUACGACAUUAAUCUUCCUUCAAUCCUUGUAGUGAACAAAACACUGGCGUGAUCAAUUGAUUUAGCAAUAGAAUUGAUAUGAAGGCCCAGUUUCACCAUACUCUGUUAAUUAUUUAAAGAUCUGUUGAAAAGAGCAAAAUUUAUAAUUUUACAAGCACCUUGACAUCCGAUUAUUUUGAGAACGAUAAAAUAAUGAUGAUGAGUAUUGACAGUGAAUUUUCCGCCCCGUACUAAUGGAAUACCCAAAAACAAAAAAAAAACACUUAUUGAUAUUAUCCUUCAAUUCCUGUU